AUGAGAACUGGCAAAAAGCUGCACACAUGUACCCAGUGUGGAAAAGCUUUUCCACAAAGUUCAACUCUGAAAUUACAUCUGCUAACACACACGGGAGCGAAGCCUCAUAAAUGUGCCGAGUGUGGGAGAGCUUUUUUACGAAUUUAUACUCUGAAAAUCCAUAUGCUAACACACACUGGAGAGAAGCCGCAUACAUGUGUCCAGUGUGGAAAAGCUUUUUCACAAAUUUCAACUCUGAAAAUCCAUAUGCUAACACACACUGGAGAGAAGCCGCAUACAUGUACCCAUUGUGGAAAAGCUUUUACACAUAUGUCAACGCUGGAUAGACAUCUGCUAAGACACACUGGAGAGAAGCCACAUACAUGUGCCCAGUGUGGAAAAGCUUUUUCACAAAUUUCAAAUCUGAAAUUCCAUAUGCUAACACACACUGGAGAGAAGCCUCAUAAAUGUGCUGAGUGUGGGAAAGCUUUUUCACGAAUUCCAGAAUUUAAAGCUCAUAUGUUAAAACACAAAGGAGAGAAGCCUCACAAAUGUGUACAGUGUGGAAAAGCUUUUUUAAACAUUUCAAAACUUAAAUCCCAUAUGCUAAUACACACUGGUGAGACGCCUCAUAAAUGUGCCCAGUGUGGGAAAGGUUUUCAUUCGAUGGCACAUCUUAAAUCCCACAUGUUCAUACACAACGGAGAGAGGCCUCGCAAACGUGUCCAGUGUGGAAGAGCUUUUUCACACAUUUCAACUCUGAAAAGGCACAUGCUUGUACACACUGGUGGGAAGCCUCAUAAAUGUGUCCAGUGUGGGAAAUCUUUUGCACAAAUUCCACAUCUUAAAUCCCAUAUGUUACACGCCAGAGAGAAGCCUCAUGAAUGUGUCCAGUGUGGAAAAGCUUUUUCAAAAAUGUCAACUCUUGAAAGCCACAUGCUUAUACACUAGGGCUGUAAUAUACAUUUACAAAUGUACAAGAGGGAUAAACAUUAGGUGCUGUUUGUCCAGAGUGUUUAUUAUUUUAUGUUGUCUGGUUUAUUAUAAUCAGUGCAUUGUUUUUGCUGAAUAAAACACAGUGAUGGGUUAUCUUUUGCUGAAUAAAACACAGCGAUGGGUUAUCUUGUGUAGGUACAAUUGCUCUUCAAAAAGGGCU